AUGAUUUUAUUACUACUCACUACAGUUUUGGCUCUUGCCGCCGCCUAUUUUUAUAGAUUCUGGAGUGUAAGAGAGAAGAGACAAGUUGAAUUACGAAAAAUCGUGGAAAGGAAACGAGCGGAGAGAGCUGAAAGUGUGAAGUUUGCGAAGCAGUCGGCGGAAAAGUUGGAUGUCGAAACGAGAAAUAAGAUUGCUUCGUUGGAAUAUUCAGAGUUGAAAGAAGGACUUCAAUCUGGAACAAUUUCAUGCAUCGAUGCGGUCAGAACAUACUAUUUCAAGGCAAUUCAAGCAAAUGAAAAGACGAAUUCUGUGUGUAUGUUUGUGAAAGAAGCAGAACAAUGGGCAAUGGAAUGGGAUGAAAAGGCAAAGGACCCAGAAUUCAAGAAACCACCAAUGUUCGGUCUUCCGAUGUCUCUGAAAGAAUGUGUUCCACUUCAAGGAUACGAUCAGACACGUGGAUUUGUUCAAGACACUUUCCAUCCGACAGAAACUGAUGCAGUUCUUGUUCAACAACUCAAAAAACUCGGAGCAAUUCCUUAUGUCCAGACGAAUGUUCCUCAAUCUCUUCUCAGUUAUAAUUGCUCUAAUCCAGUCUUCGGAACAACCAAUCAUCCAAUGGACAAAUCAAGAACAUCUGGAGGAUCUUCUGGAGGAGAAUCAGCAUUGAUUUCAGCAGAUGGAUCAAUUCUCGGAAUCGGAGGAGAUGUUGGUGGAUCAAUCCGUAUUCCAUGUGCAUAUACUGGAACAACUGGAAUCAAACCAUCUCAUUUGAGAUUCUCUCAUCGUGGAGUUUGUGGAUCUGUUCCUGGAAGACCAUUGAUUAAUUCAAACGACGGUCCAAUGUCAACAAGAGUUGAGACAAAUGUCGAUUUCCUUCGAACUGUGUGGGCUGACACGUGGAUUACUGAACAAGAUCCAUACGUACCGCCUGUCACGUGGAAUGAAGAAGCAUACAAAAGUGAUAAGAAACUAAAGAUUGGAUACUACACAGAUGAUGGAUGGUUCACUCCAACUCCAGUUUGUCAGAGAGCAGUUAUGGAAGCAAAACAGAUUUUGGAAGACGCUGGACACACUCUUGUUCCGUUCCGUCCUCCACGAGUUCCCGAAGUUUUGAUUAUGUUCCUUCGAGCAGUUUGUGUGGAUGCUGGAAAAUUCUUGUCCAAUAAACUUAUGAAUGACAUCAUCGAUCCCCUUCUCUACACUCAAGUUGUUCUCUGGAUGGUUCCAGUUCGAGUUCAAAGAUUCCUUGCCAGUUUCAUCAGAGUUUUCUUCCCAAGACUUGGAAAUCUGAUGAAUGCGAUGACUCUAAGUACUGUAGAACUGCGUAACACAUAUGCGGAUAUUGAAGCAUAUCGAAGUGAAAUGGCUGCUCUAAUGAUUGAUCAAAAGAUUGAUGCUCUUCUGUGUCCGGUUACUGUAACUCCUGCUCUCCCACACGUUGCUCCAUCGAAACUAUUCGCCGGAACUAGCUAUACUGGAAUCUUUAAUCUUCUUGAUUAUGCUGCAGGAUCCGUCAAUGUUACUCAUGUCACGAAACAAGAUGAGUUGGAUCUAGAAUCGGACUACGAAGCAUCCGAUCCAUGGUAUGCAUUGGCAAAGAACAGUUCUCGUGGAACCAUCGGUUUCCCAAUUGGAGUUCAAGUGGCAACUCCUCCGUAUCGAGAGGAAACUUGUCUCCGUAUUAUGCGAGAGAUUGAAUUCGGUGUCACUGGCAAAUAA